GGGCGCGCGGCGGGAGGCGGCCGCCGUUACGGCGCGAGCGUGGUCACGUGCGCGCUGGUCACCGCGCCGCCAGCCCCUCCCGCCCUGUUCUCUUUCUGGUCGGGCCGGGCCCGAGCGGUUCCACGAGCGCCGGGCGAGAGACUGAGGGAGAGACAGAGACAGAGAAAGAGAGAGAGAGAGAGGAGAGACAGGGGAGAAAAAAAAAAAAGAGGAGGGGAGGAGGAGGAUUCAGAUUCAGGGAGUAGGAGCUGGGGAAGCCUUCUGCGCGACAGAAAAUUUCCCAAGAUUUGGUGAAGAUUGGAAAGCUGUCAGAAGACUGUAGCACUGCUAUGCAAUAAGUCUUCAAAAACAAGUGUCUUUGCUGUGUUUCCAGCAGCUCAAUUGAAGAGCUCAGGUGGUCUCCGAUUCUUGCUUCUUCUUUACUCGUUAUCUGCCAACCAAGGUGUGUGUUUGGAAACCUCUGCUGACCCGAGACUGGAGUCCUCUUUGACCCACAACAGGAGCAUGUGUUUUCCAGUGCCAGUCAGAUUUGCGGACCAGUAAAGUCCUAUUGAAAGGUACUGUGGAAGGAUGCACAGUGGUGUUCACACAUAGCAUACGUGUUAGAAAAGAAAAGGGGGACAAGGCCGGCGUUUUAAACAGGAAUCGGAAGAAGCUUACCUCUGGAUUUCUCAUUGUUGUGCAGUCCAGUUGCCACAAUGUAUCACUCUUUAUCUGAAACCAGACACCCUCUGCAGCCGGAAGAGCAGGAAGUGGGCAUUGACCCAUUGUCAAGUUACUCAAGCAAGUCUGGAGGAGAUUCAAAUAAAAAUGGAAGAAGAACAAGUUCAACUUUAGACUCUGAUGGGACUUUUAAUUCCUACAGGAAAGAAUGGGAAGAACUAUUUGUAAACAACAAUUACUUGGCAACAAUAAGGCAGAAGGGGAUUAAUGGGCAGCUGAGAAGCAGCAGGUUCCGCAGCAUUUGCUGGAAGCUAUUUCUUUGCGUUCUUCCUCAAGAUAAAAGUCAGUGGAUCAGUAGAAUCAAAGAAUUAAGAGCAUGGUACAGCAGCGUUAAAGAAAUUCACAUCACCAACCCAAGGAAGGUCGUUGGCCAGCAAGACUUGAUGAUCAAUAAUCCCCUCUCGCAGGAUGAAGGGAGCCUUUGGAACAAAUUCUUCCAAGAUAAAGAACUACGAACAAUGAUUGAACAGGAUGUCAAAAGAACGUUUCCUGAAAUGCAGUUUUUCCAACAAGAAAAUGUGAGAAAAAUUCUUACAGAUGUUCUUUUCUGUUAUGCUAGAGAGAACGAGCAGUUGCUUUAUAAACAGGGCAUGCAUGAGCUCUUAGCGCCCAUCGUCUUUAUCCUCCACUGUGACCACCAAGCCUUUCUUCACGCCUGUGAGUCUGCACAACCAAGUGAGGAAAUGAAAGCUCUUUUGAACCCUGAGUAUCUGGAACAUGAUGCCUAUGCAAUGUUCUCACAACUUAUGGAAACUGCAGAACCUUGGUUUUCAACUUUUGAGCAUGAUGGUCAAAAGGGGAAAGACGCACUGAUGACCCCCAUCCCCUUUGCUCGGCCCCAGGACUUAGGGCCUACGAUUGCCAUUGUGACCAAGGUCAACCAGAUCCAGGAUCAGCUCCUGAAGAAGCAUGAUAUCGAGCUCUACAUGCACUUGAACAGACUGGAAAUUGCCCCACAGAUAUAUGGCCUGCGGUGGGUCCGGCUACUGUUCGGACGAGAGUUUCCUCUACAGGAUCUUCUGGUGGUCUGGGAUGCCCUGUUUGCAGACGGUCUCAGCCUGAGUCUCGUCGACUAUAUUUUCAUAGCCAUGUUACUCUACAUCCGAGAUGCUUUGAUUUCUAGUAACUACCAGACCUGUCUCGGCCUUCUGAUGCAUUACCCGGUCAUCGGUGAUGUGCACUCCCUGAUUCUAAAGGCGCUCUUCCUGCGUGACCCCAAGAGAAAUCCAAGACCAGUGACUUAUCAAUUCCAUCCAAAUUUAGAUUAUUACAAAGCUCGUGGCGCAGACCUUAUGAAUAAAAGCCGGACCCAUGCCAAAGGCGCUCCCCUGAAUAUAAAUAAGGUCUCCAAUAGCCUGAUUAAUUUUGGAAGAAAGUUGAUUUCUCCUGCAACAGCCCCAGGCAGUGCCAGUGGCCCUGUUCCUGGGGGCAAUAGCAGCAGCAGCAACAGCGGCCCCAGCCCUUCGGUGGGGCCCCCCAGGACCUUAGCAGAAGCCCCCAGGCAUCAUUUGCAGCAGCAGCAGCAAAGGCUGAUGAAAUCGGAAAGUAUGCCGGUGCAGUUGAACAAAGGCGAUGUAGUUACAGGAAGCGAUGCUCAGGUUUCUGUUCCUGUCCAGACUCUAACUGACCUCCAAGGACAAAGUUCUAAAAACAUCAGUUCAUCUCCAAGUAUUGAGAGUUUGCCUGGAGGAAGAGAAUUCACGGGUUCUCCACCUUCCUCUGCUACGAAGAAGGAUUCCUUUUUCAGCAACAUCUCUCGCUCCCGCUCACAGAGCAAAACUAUGGGAAGGAAAGAAUCUGAAGAGGAGCUAGAAGCCCAGAUUUCCUUCCUUCAAGGACAGUUAAAUGACCUGGACGCCAUGUGCAAGUACUGUGCGAAGGUGAUGGACACCCAUCUCGGAACUAUUCAAGAUGUGAUACUACAAGAAAAUUUGGAGAAAGAAGACCAAAUUCUGGUUUCCCUGGCAGGGUUAAAGCAGAUCAAAGACAUUCUGAAAGGUUCCCUGCGCUUCAACCAGAGCCAGCUGGAAGCGGAGGAGAACGAGCAGAUCACCAUCGCCGACGACCACUACUGCUCCAGCGGCCAGGGCCAGGGCCCCCGCGCGCCUGGGCCCGAGGAGCAGGCCCCUCCGGAAGCGCCCGGGCUCAGCGACCGAGGGAGCGCCGACGGCUUCAUCCUGGUUUCCAAGGAAGAGGAGGCGGGCAGUGCCAGGGGGCCCUUCCCCGGCCAGGCCCAGCCUCUCCGUGCCCUCAGGAGUGCGUCGGGCAGAGGCGAGGCCCUGGCCCGCACACCCCUGCUCUUCUCCGACCCGCUGAUGGGCUCAGCCUCCGCCUCCUCCAGCAACCCCAGCUCCAGCCCGGACGACGACAGCAGCGGCCACAGCAAGGACUCUGGCUUCACCAUCGUGAGCCCCCUGGACAUCUGACCCCGGCCUCGCGGCCUGCCCGGAGGGGAGCUGCCCCGAGGCCCUCCUGAGGCCCCCACCCCACCCCAUCCCACGGGGUCCCCUCUGAAGCCAACGACUCUUCCCCACUUGCCUGUGACCGCGGGGCAGCCCCUUGGUGUCCGUGAAGAGCCAAAGCGCCGAAAGGCGUCUGGGCCCGACCCUCCCCGUCGAGCCCCAGCUCGGACCCAGUGUCACACUCGCGGUCGGGAAAAGACCAGACCACCCGGAAACUCACUUUUCCUCCGUGCUCCCUGCCCCAGCUCAGAGGGCAUGGCGGCUCCCCCCCCACUGAGAGUUUCAGGGGAGACAGGAUGGUUCCUGCUCUUCUCACCCCCCCACCCCCCAUCCCCCAUCCCGACCCCCAGGCCUAGGAAACCUGAUGGACCUCCAAAGGGAACUUCCUCUUUGCAAGUGUCUAUCUCUCAACCCGUUUCCUGCCUCCCGUUGGGAAGCCAUACAGUCAAAUGCAAUAGAAUCAACUAGAACUUGUGAAUUCCAGAACUGGAAAAGAAAACAGAACGAAAAAAACCUGCCACCCCUGGCCUCCCAGAAACAGGCUCUGGGCUCCGGCUCUGUGUCUGGUUGUCAGGUGGCUUAGCGUUCCUCUUCCGUGAGAGAAUACAUUUCCGGUCCUCAGACCCCACCGACUGGCCGUCACGGUCACGGUCCCUCCCUCAGCCCUGGGGUCUCCCUCUUAGCAUCUUGUGCAGCCAGAAAGCAAGGUCAGUCUUGGCCGCCCUGAUUCCCGAUGUGGGGAGAAUAUUCCUUUCUUAACUCGGAAUCCGUGAGCCCUGACCCUCCGGGACAAACACCGUUCAUUCCAUCAUCCAGUCCGAUUUUCUGGUUGCAUUUCUGAUUGUACUUCUCCGCUGAGGAGUAAAAGGGGGAAAGACCGGCUCCCUCCCCCCCCCCCCACCCAGCCCCUGGGGCCUUCGGGAGCAAAUAGGGAAUUCAGUCUGGGGGCCCGGUGGCAGGAAGCAAGGCGUGCCAGGGAACAUUCCAGAUGCCAGGAGGAUGCAGGAUUUCACAUGCCCUUCUUGUGGGCAACCACAUGAAGGAGACGCAGGGCCUGGCCCGGCUGGGCGGUGCAUUGCCAGCACCAGGGCCGGGCCGGGGUUCUGAAUCGGUGCCUUGAUGGAUGCAGAAGAGAAUCGUCCCUCGCCUGUGGGCGGCGGGGCAGGCACACGGGUACAAAGCCCCGAGCUGUCCCUCCCCUUCGGCUGAAGGGCCCCCAGAGGGCCAUGUUCCUCCCUCUGGAAUUCUGAGGGGACAGGCUCGCUGCCCCUCCCUCUGCGCCUCGGGGUGGCUGGGCCUUGGGCUUCUCUGAGCGAGGUGAGGCCUCCGGGCCGUGGAAGCUGCCCCGCAACCAGGGAACAGCCAUGGGGGGGAAGGAGCCACCACUGUUUACACCCCUCCCUGUGCCAGCUGGGUGUUUCUCUGCAGCCGAAGGUGAGGAGGGCGCGAUGGCCCACCCGCUCCCCAAGAAAAGAGCGAUGGCUGAAGAGUCGGCUCUGCAGACGGUUCCCAUUCGCUCCUCAGCCUCUUCUCGAACUCUUACAGAGAAGUGAGGCAGCCCGAGAGGGGGGCUUGGCAGAGGCCACGGGGCUGCCUGGCCUGCCACGAUGCCGCACCUGGCUCCCAGCCGCUCCGCUCAGCUCGUCUGGGGGCUGACUUGGUGCGCUGAUGUCACCAGGACACCAGGGAACGUUCCCGCAGUGUCAGGGGCUCUGUGGCUGCCAGACAGUGGUCAGACCUGGCCUUGGGGGCGACAGUGUGCCCCGUCCUGAGGCGAGAGUGUGGUGCCGGCCCAGGUGGGCCCUGCUGGGACCGAGACUCCAGAAGACCCCAGACCCCAUCGCCCCCAGGAGCCGGCCUCGAGUCUUCUGCCCCUCCCCAAGCAUCCCCCUGUGCACCAAGUGCUCGCUGGUGUCAGGCUGAGUCCCACCAGCCACACGUGGGACAACCCCCCCACCAGGGUGAUGCUUUAGGGCUUCUCUUGGGUUGACGUUCCCUGGUUCCUGACAAAAACCCCGCCCCGCCCACAUGCUCAGGGCAGGCCCCUCCUGUGCUUCCAAGUUGGGGCCCCCCAAGAAGAAUCGGGAGCAUUUCUCACUGGAGGCUUCCCACAGGUUGCCCCCUCAAGUCCCGCAGAGGAAUGAAGCAGGGGACACAGGGCAAGGGGCAGAGAGAAGCCCCCCCCUCAAGUUCCCCUCAGCCCCAAGGGAAGGGAAUUGCAGACUGUCUCAGCUCUUGUAAAAGGUGCGAGUUUAUUCCUCCUGGUCCAGCAUUCUUUGCUUUUCCUUAGCUCCAGUGAGUGCCAUUACAGAGAAUGUGCCCCUUCCUUUGUUUUUUGUUUUUUUAUUGCGUUAUCAGGUACUUAUGUUUCAUUGCACUUUUUAAGAAUCCUGAAUAUAUGAAAUCUUAUUUUUUCCAUUUUCCUUCACACAUUUAAUCAGUGGAACCUUUCAUGUUUUGAUUAUUGCUAGUUAAAUAUCUUUUAUAUGUCAGAAAAUUUAGAUUAAUUCCCACCAUCAUCGACCCCCCCCCUACUUUUUUUUUUAUAUAUAUAUAUACAUCUCCCUGUGUUUCAUGCAUUCCUCUCUGGUCAGCUUGAAAAUCUGAAUUACAAACUCUCUGUCCCUCCUGUGAGAGAGUUGUGAGAUGAGAGAAAGACGGUCACCAUGGCUUUGCCUUACCUUCUGCGGAUGCCCGGGGGCAUAUGAUAACUUCCAACAUUUCCUUCCGGCUAACGCUUCCCAAGGUGACCUUCCACGGUCAUGGCUAUCUGGGUAGACCUCCCAGGAUCUGGGGAGACCUGCCAGGCUGUGGGAGGAAUGCGAGCGAGCAGAGACUAGCGCGGGCCGUCCCGGGGCCUGCCUCUGUGAUGUGACCCAGCGGAACUGUGCCCGUCGAGUCUCCGGGUGUGGACUCCCGCCAGGAGCAAGAAUGGCCCCUCUGUGCUGUCGGCGGUGACAAACAACUACAAGCCCCUGUGUCAGGUUGUCGGAGUUGACCCAGAUUCGUUUUUUGUGUUUGUUUUCUAGUGAAGCAGCUGUCCCGGGAUGGUUCCACCCGGAGACUCAUUGCCCCGUGGGGCCUGGGGUUGCCCUGUGCGGCCCAAGGCGUUCCACCCCUCCUCCCCCAAUGCACAGCUGACCCCAGGUGGCCCGGGCACUGGGGACAGGGCAGCAGGGAGAGGUCGCCCUUGCUUCCUCAGUGUUACUUUCCACAGCCCUCUUUCAUGAUAGUGUUACAAAAGAACUAGGACGUGUCUGUCAGCAGGCCCGAGGCCACUCUGAUGUCAAAGCCAUCAUCAUUUUUCUCACCUCGGUACAAUUAGUUUGAUUCACAGAAUACUCAGUUGUGCCAUUUAUAUCCUGUUGGGGGGUUUUUCCCUCUCCCCUCCCCCUCCCCAUUCAUCUCUAUACUGUAAUUCAUGUUGAUUUAAGAAGUUACAUCCUUUUGGCACAGUGCUCCCAUUCAGUAUGGUUAUAAUAAAAGACUAACGUGGAACU